GCGGCCGCCGAUCCUGAGAGGCUCAGGCGGUGGCGGUGCUCCCCGUCCGAGGGGCUCGACCCCAGCAGCGGCGGGGGCGCCCGCGGCCCCCGGGCGAAUUGAGGACGAGGCCACGGGGCGACGGCGCGGCGCGGCCCCUUCCAGCGGCCGCGCCCGGGGUAAGGCAAAAGAGAAUGAAAGAAGUAGAUAAUCUUGAAAGCAUAGAAGAAGAAUGGGUUUGUGAAACAGGAUCUGAUAACCAACCUCUGAAUGAUAAUCAACAAACAAAUUGUGAAUAUUUUGUUGAUAACCUUUUUGAGGAAGCUCAGAAAGUUGGUGCCAAAUGCUUGUCUCCCACUGAACAGAAGAAACGGGUAGAUGUAAGUAUAAAAUUAUGGAAAAAUGGAUUCACAGUCAACGAUGAUUUCAGAAGUUAUUCUGAUUGUGCAAGUCAGCAAUUUCUUAACUCCAUCAAAAAAGGGGAAUUACCUUUAGAGUUACAGGGAAUUUUCGAUAAAGAGGAGGUUGAUGUUAAAGUCGAAGACAAGAAAAAUGAACUGUGUAUGUCAACCAAGCCUGUGUUUCAGCCCUUCUCAGGACAGGGUCACAGACUGGGAAGUGCAACACCAAAAAUUGUCUUUAAACCAAGGAGUACUGAAGUUGAGAAUAUAAAUAAUUUGUCUGCUGUCCAGCUAAACAACCUAGAACCCAUCACUAACAUACAGAUCUGGUUAGCCAACGGGAAAAGGAUUGUCCAGAAAUUUAACAUAUCUCAUAGGAUAAGCCACAUCAAAGACUUCAUCGAAAAAUACCAAGGAUCUCAGAGAAGUCCUCCCUUUUCCCUGGCAACAGCUCUUCCUUUUCUCAGAUUGCUAGAUGAAACACUCACAUUGGAAGAAGCAGAUUUACAGAACGCUGUGAUCAUUCAGAGACUCCAAAGAAAUGCUGGACCUUUUAGAGAAUUUUCAUAAACAUUGAUUUCUGAUGCACUAAGUAGAGAGCUUGCAGAGAAAUAAAUGCUGGAUGUAAGUGGAAAUGCGAACCCAAAUGGGAGAAAAGAAAAGUCAGGUUCAUUGGAGUUUCUGUUGGAGUACUAAUUUAACUCUCUACUGAUGCGAAGAUUCUUAGAUAAGUACAAGUUAAGAAAGUAUGACUGGAAAGUAUAUUGAAAGCACUCUUUCCAAAAAGCUACUCAUAAAGAAAAACAUACGUAAUUUCAAAUACCAGUUAUUCAACAUAAGACAUGUUUAAUAUAGCUAUGUCAUUUAGAAUCUUAAUAUGGUAUAAAUUAGCAAAUGUGUUCACAGCAUCAUUCCCAGACAGCAAUGAUUUAUUUAAAUGUUAGCUAUCUAGGAUUUUUAGAUAGCAGUACACACACAAAAUAUAUAUACAACAGGUUAUAAACAUCAAUAUAAUUAUUUUUAUACUUGAGAUACAAUCGAAUGGCUGGAAGGGACUGCUUUCACCUUAGGCACUUAGUUAUGCCUAAACUUCAAAAUGUUCUCAAUUUGCCUUCUCUAAUGGCAAGAUAUACUCAAUUAUUAAUUUGGCAACAGAAUCUGAGAUGUAUUUUUAAGAAUAAAAUGAAGGAUAAAAUUGUUUAGCUUAGUAUAAUGUCAAUAUUGAUCUGCCUACUCACAUUUCUAUAUUUUUGAAAAAGUGUAAUUUUUAAAAAAUUAUUUUCUCUCUGGAAACCCUACUUCACUCCCUAUCUUACUUUCUUUUGCAAAUUAGGGAUUUGUUCUUCUUUGACAUUUGGAGUGAGCCACUCAUGUGCCACCACUCAGAUUCUUAUGCUUGUGUUGUCACAUUGAUAAUUAAUAUUUUUAAAUGUGUCAUGUAAAGUAUGGUUUUCUAUUCAAUGCAUCAGAGUCAACCUAUGCAUGUAUUAAAGGAUUAUUUACAUUCUGAUGUACCCAAGGAAAACAUGCUUUUUUAAAAUUCAUUUUAUUAUCAUUAAUCUACAAUUACAUGAAGAACAUUAUGGUUACUAGACUCCCCCCUUCACCAAGUCCCCCCCCAACAAACCCCAUUACAGUCACUGUACAUCAGCAACACAUGCUUUUUAUCUUAGACUUUUAACUAAAACCUGUUAGACUUCAGUAUUUCACUAUCAGAUUAAAUCCCCUUUGCCUAAAAAUAAGCUUUUUUUUUUAAGUAAUCAUAUUUAAAGUAAAAUACACAUUGAUUGUGCCAAAGAAUUAAGUAGCCUUGCCUAUCAGCAGUAAUGUUCAUAGGCACUAGAUGUCUUUUGGAAAGAGCAGUUCUCAAUCUUUUUGGUCUCAAGAUCUUUUAUGUGGUUUGUAUAUAUUAUGUUAAAAGUUAUAAAUAUUUAUUCAUUUAAUAAACACUUGAUAAUAUA